AUGUCUAGAGACCGGGCUCUGAGGAAGCAGCAGCAAUUGAAUAAUUUGGUAGCAGCAGUGACGAAGAUUGCUAAGCCUGGAGAUGUGAUUGUGGAUUUUUGCAGUGGAGGGGGCCAUGUUGGAAUUGUUCUUGCUCACAUGAUGCCAUCAUGUAAGGUGGUGCUCAUAGAAAAUAAGGAGUUGUCUCUGAUCCGUGCUAAAGAUAGAAGUGAUGAACUAGGUUUAAACAACAUUUGGUUCAUUCAAGCGAAUUUGGACUAUUUUAAUGGGACUUUUAACAUUGGGGUGGCUCUGCAUGCAUGUGGUGUGGCAACAGACAUGGUGAUUGAACACUGCAUCAAGGCACGGGCAGCCUUUGUCAUCUCCCCGUGUUGUUACGGCUUCAUUCAAAACACAGUGAAGUUUAAAUAUCCACGAAGUCAUCAGUUCAAAGAAAUUUUGUCCUACAAGGAGCACAUGAUCCUUUGCCGAUUUGCAGAUCAGACAGCUGUUCAGCUUCCACCUGAACGCAGGCUAAUUGGAAAGCAGUGUAUGGGGCUUGUGGAUCUGGAUCGGGCUUGGGCUGCAGAAGAACAUAACUACUCUGUCCAAGUUAUAUCAAUGGAGCCAGAGAGCUGUUCUCCAAAGAACAAUAUGUUUGUGGGCGUUCCCACUUAGAGUGUGAAACCUGCGUUUGAUUUGAAGUCUGAACAUAAAUCUUCAGUGCAUAAUGACAUCCAGCAGAUACAAGCAUAGCUGGGAACCAGACAUCACACAUCUUGAUCUCAUUGCGUUCUGAAAAGGAAGCAGCACAAAGAGUCUUAGAAAGUGAACUGCAUGCAGAGCAUCUCAAAUCAUACUUGUGUCAUUAAGCAACUCCUGGUUCUCUUACUGAGAAGUUUCUGGAUUAACGACUGUGCAUGAAAUCAUAGCCCUCUGUAAAGGCUUAGAAAAAAGGUGGUCGCAUUGAAGGGAAGGUGAUUUCCUUUUUACUAAAGCUGUCUUGCCUGCUUCAAAAUUGUAUUCA